AUGAUGGAAGCUGCUCUUGUUGCAGACCCCGGGCAGCCUGGCCCUCUGAUUGCCCUGUCUUCACUCCCCACUCCUGCAUCCAGACCUCUGCGUCCCAAGCCUCCUCCUCCUCCUCCUCCCACUCCCAAACCUGCCCCAAACCUGUCCCGCUCUCCCUCUCUGCCUCCCCCUUCAACCCCCAAAACUCCCUGCUUCAACCCUCCUCCAAACCUCCCCCCUCCGCUGUCUCCGACACCUGCGAGUCCCACGUCACCGGUGCAACAAAACGAUGCAUCUCUGACGGCUAAAAUAUGUUCCACGUCUGAAUCAAACUUCACUUUUGAUCCUUUAACGAAUGAAACCGCAGCUCUGAGCCUGGUAGACAGACUUCAGCAGACAGAUUCAAUAUGGCAGCUGAAAGGACUGAGCCAGGAGGAAGUUUGUUGCAUUCUCAAAGAGGAACAACCUGGGGUCUUCUUGGUUCAGUGCGCAGAGGAGACGGCCGUGACGCUGUCUGUGCGAACGCCUGACCUCCAGGGACCAGCAGUGCUCACCCUGACAGUGAGACAACAAGGGGCAUUUCUCCAUUUGGACGGCUCCUUCCUGCUUUUUGACAACAUCAUAAAGCUCGUCUCUUUCUACUUUGUCAGCAGGGACGUCCUUCCUCUUUCGCUGAGGUUACCCCAGGCCAUCACCACGGCAACAAAAAGAGAGGAGCUCGAGGUCAUCGCAGCUGCGGGAAAAGAUUUCUGGACUUCAGAGAAGCAUCAGCAAUCAAAGAAGCACUGCAGUGGCGAGGAGCAGAGCGGAAUCUAUUUGCAUCUAAAUCCAGUUAUUGUCUUGGAAAACCCAAAAACACGAGACAAGCCCGAGGCAUCUACCUACAAACCCGAAUACACCUCCUGCCAGAACGUCACAUCACCACCACCUCUGCACAACGGCGAAGCCCCAGAAAAGGUCAACGCUGAGCCAAAAGUUCAAAACAAACCCCAUGUGGAGAUGAAAUACAAACGCCCGCCUCCCAGACCUCCCAGCGUAUCGAGUGGUGCAGGUCUCCUGUUUGCGACUCCGCUUCAAACCGCAGAGAAAAAGGACGAAAGCAAACUUGAAAAUGCUAAAAAGGCCAUGCCAAUGAUGAGCGCUCCUUCACGGCCACCUAUACCCCGCGCUCCUCUACGCGACUCUAGGAAAAGCAGCAACAGAGAGAGAGCGGAGAGGAUGGAGGAUGAAAAAGACGGGGGAGAGCAGUGCGAAAGAAUCGGACCAAUGGAAAGCGGUUGCCAACAACAACAGGAGGAAACAGGGAAAGAUGCAUCAGAGGACAAGCAUAAAUCUUCUUUGUCAGCGAAGAAACCCAGCCGACCGGUGCCUCCGCCGAGACGCAAGCCACAGAGCACAGAGUUAGCUGCUUGUCCGAACCAAGCAGGAGCAGGAGGGGGGGGGUUGGGCAGGUCGUAUCCACCGGCAGGACGUCGACCCGAUGUGUCGUUAUAUUCGCCACAGGGGGGUGCUGUACUGGUCACCGAUCCAGACUCAGCGUCCACAAGCAGCACAGAAGAUGAGGUGGAGACACAAGAGCAGAGUCGUUGUGUAGAGAGCCGCAGCCCUAAAGCCGGCGUGAAGCGGACCCCCACUACGGUGAUCCUGGACCGAGCGCGGCACCGACUGUCCACGGUCCUCACCGGACUCAUCAGCCACGACCGCCGCCUCACGCAGAGGAUUGUAGAGCUCGCACGGGACCCCUCCAGCUACUUUGGCAAUCUGGUAAAAGAGCACCGCACCUUCACCUUGGAGACCAUGUCCAGACACAGCACCUCCCCUGAGCUGCUGCAGGAGAUCAGGCAGAUGAUGACUCAGCUGAAGAGCUACCUGCUGCAGAGCACGGAGCUGCACAGCAUGAUGGAGCCUCAGCACCAGUACGCACAGGACAAACUGGAGAGUAUCGCAGAAGUUGCUCUGUGUAAAAGUGUGUUAAAGCCACUGAGAGAGCCCAUUUACCAGUGUCUGGAGAAACUGCAUCGUGACAGCGGAAGCUUUGAGAAACUGUCCCUAAACCAGUCUAUAGUGUUGGGCAGCACCACCACAGCUUUAGGAGUGACCACAUCUGUCCCAGAGACUUCGUCCAUGGAGAAAAUCAGCAUCAAACUAAGUAACCUGCACCUAGAGUAUUCGCCUCAGAGGAAGAUCGAGAUGCUGCUCAAAGCUUGCAAGAUCAUCUACGACUCCAUGGCUGUCACCUCAUCCGGGCGGGCACAUGGGGCAGAUGACUUCCUACCUGUGAUGAUGUACGUUCUGGCCCGGUCCAACCUCUCCAAUCUGCAGCUGGACGUGGAAUACAUGAUGGAGCUGAUGGACCCAGCAUUAACCCUGGGAGAAGGCUCAUAUUACCUGACCACCACAUACGGCGCUCUGGAGCACAUAAAGACGUUUGACCAGCAGAGAACAGCCACACGGCAGCUCAGCAGAGAGGUGCAGGACUCCAUCCACCGAUGGGAGAGAAGGAGGACCCUCAACAAGGAGACCCCCAACCAGGCUUCAGUCCGGGACUUCCUGACUGUGUGUUGUCCGAUAAUGGGAGAAAACCCUCGGACUCUGGGCGUCCUCCCGACCACCACCGUGGAGCAGUUAAGCGAACAGUGCGCCUCACGCUUCAAACAAGACAUUUCUGAUCAAGACUCUUACAUUCUCAGUGUGGUGAUUGAUGAUGAGCAACGGCCUUUAGGUCUGACUGAAGUGGCCUUGAGUGUGAAGAAAAGCUGUCAGCCAGGAGCCUACUGCUUUGUCUACCACCCCAAGGACCAGCCAGUCGCCCCUGUUCACAGUGGACCCACGGACCCUCCCCCUGAAGAGUGCACAUCCUUGGGGGAGAUUGAGGCUCCAGAUCCUACGGAAGAAGGCACAGAAGAGGACAGCCUAAUCAGUCUGUAG